AUGUCACCACGAUCAGCUUUACUCUCACAUACAUCUUUACGAACUGGUCCCGUGUCAAGUCAUCAGAACAUUGACCCUAACAAUGCCAUUGUCGAUACCAGAGGGAAGCGUAGGAAGUCGCGGACGAAGGGCAGUCGUCGCGAGCUGGCACUGGAAGUCGGACGACCGAGUGCUCUCUCUCAGUUGGUGGAUGUAGAUAUCUCCCGCAAGGACCCCCGGGACGAAGUAAUGCGGCUUCGUGAGAUCUUGAAGACGGUGGAGAAGCAUGCUAUCAUGGAGGCAAAGCGUGCCACUGAACUUCAGCGGGCCAAUCUUGAAGCGCAGCAUCGCGCUCGGAUCCUUCAUGAAAACAAACUUGCCGCAGAGCAAGCAGCGGAUAAAGCAAACCAGGAAAAGCGGCUGUAUCAGUUUCAGCUUGAUACUGCACAGAAAGAGAUCGAAAGAAGUCAAGAGGCGGUUAGGAGGAUUGAGAAACAGAGGGAUGAGGCGGAGGCGGAAGCCGCCCGUGCUCGGGAUAAGGCUAGGAAAUUGCGUGAAGAGAAAUUGAUGCUUGCUGCUCGGGAAGAAGGGCGGAGGAUGGGUUUUGAAGCUGGCUUCGAGCAUGCUAGGGCAGAACGCCAGAUGCAUGCAGCAAGGACAAAGAAACCACCGAUCGAUCCAAAACCUACUCAUAAACGUCGCUCUUCAAUGGAACCGGCUCCCAGCGUUCGCGUCGAUAAAGGCAAAGGCAAAGAACGUGCAUAUAGUCAGCAAGAUAAUGACAGCCCACCGCACGACCCUCCUCCAAAUAAUACCCGGCGCCAAAACCCUCCAGUAAGAGAAUCGAUUCGAGGACGGGAUGAUGAUAUUAUAUCUAGUCCAGACAGUCCUGUGAUGUCUGUAUCACAACUCCCACUCAGAAAUCUUCCUCCGACAUCCCGCUUAUCGCAGGCAGGUCCUUCACAGUCGAGUCCACUCAGGCCGUUUAAGCCACCUACCGAAACACAUUCCGAACCUUCUGAACCCAGCGAACCUCCAGUUAACCACCACCGUUCGCCGACACCGCAGAAGUUGCAGCAACAAUUCCAAGAACAACAGCAAGCGCCACGCCCUCCCAGCGUUCGAAGCACAGAUAUAGUAACAUGGUCGGUAACGGUGCCAACUCCGAACGAGAUCGUCAGUAAUGCCAACGAAAGCCCUCACCAUAACGUCGCAACAGUUCCGCGAGACCAAUGGGUGACUGCGCAGAAACGUCUUGACAUGCCUACACCAGAAAACAUGCCUCCGCAAUUGACGCUCCCACCUCGUGACCCUCCGCCUAAUAACCAGGCGAAGACGAUGCAGAAAGUUGUUAGGCUCCCCCUUAUACAACGUGCAUCUUUCAAACAGGCCGCAUCUUGGUAUCGUUCUCUAAGUUUGCGCAAGAAGGCCAAACCAGUCACCGACCCAGUUAAUGAAAAGCCCCCUUCCAAAACUGUUCCUACUCCCACAACAACACCGAUGUCUGCGCCGCUGUAUAACGAAUCCCAACCGCACGCUGCAGUGGACGAACCCAUUGCUUCCGCAGAAAUGUAUGGCCAACCUCCCCAACCGCCAAUAUCAUGGUAUCAAGCAAACCGACCCAUUGCUCCUCCUGCGGCGUCGUCUGUGCGCAGCCAGGACUUUGCAUAUGGUAGACGCAGACGUGGUUCAGAUGCGAUGUCCAUGUCGACCAGGGUAUCGGAAUUUGACCUUUUAUCCACACCAUAUAUUCCAGCGCAGAGCGUUAAAAGUGGAAAGGAAGGCGUCAAGCGUGUUAAAGAGCCCAAAGAUAAUUAUCUUGGUGUUAUCAAGGAAGACCCGUCUAGUAGAGGCAAUACCCCCAGUACCGAUAGGUAUAAUCACGGUGCAUACCCCCCGGUAGAACAAAUGCAAACUAUACCCCAGCCUAACUUUGGACAGCCUUCGUUACAUCAGCAGCCUUCCUAUGGCACACUGGCAAGCUCGGUGCAGGGUAAACGUCACUCCCGACGCCCACCUCCACCUACUAUCACUGUACCUGACCCAGACGAAGAAUUGGAACCCUUCGGUGUCGCCUAUGCACGUCAUAAUCGAAGCCAAAGCAUGCCGAGCGGCUAUACCGGAGGAGCAGAUAUAGGGCGGCGGCCAUCGCGCAUCUCUGAAAAGACAACACCCGACACGUCUAUCGUUAUUGAUGUCGUUCCUCCUUCCGGCAUGGCACCUGACAUUGUUCAAUCACCACCUCAUACUGGCGUCAAUCAUCUCAGUCCAUACCAUGUCUAUCGUCCUCCAUCUCAGGCUAGUCAACGAAUGGCUGCUAUGAAAUCAGUGACAUCUCUGCACACUCAAGGCGGUAGUCGCCUUGAACCUCCCUCUGCUUCAACCCCGGCUGAACAUCCAAUGUCUGUGGCUGAUCCUCGGUCCAAGUCGAGUCAAAGUUAUACCAACUAUGAUCAACAUCAGCCCCAAGUCCCACUUCGUCAGCCACCUACAUCAUCUCCCGCCCCGUCUCGAGCUGCUGGUAAUCAGUAUGCACAAGACAAUAGUUCAAAUUACACACUACAGCAACAACACGAAUACCUGCCGCAACAAACACAAGUGCAGUCGUCUCGUGCACACUCACGGGCAAGUGGGCAGUACUACCGCGACCAAACACCUUCGCAGACGCCUUAUCAGCAACAACAAUUUCUUCCUCCAUCUUCACAAGCAUUACCACCGCAACCUCGCCCAGAAAGCGUACGCUCUUAUGCUUCCAGAAGACCAAAUGAAAGUCUUCGACCUAAGAAAAGCCAGUCUAGCUUUGUGUUGCACAACCCUGACCCCGAUAUGAGCGCAUCGCCGUCCCAGUUGCCUAAUAACGCUUCAGGCCUACAUCUCGAACAUCCAAAGAUGAUGCAGCGUCAGAAAUCGUCGACAUCCCUGCGUUCAGUGGGUUCUUAUUCAAAGUAUGAUCCAACAGAAUAUGUUGACCCUGCGUUUUGGUCUGCAAAUGGGCCUGGCGAGUUGAUACAACCGCAUGGUGCGGGUACGUCGAUUUACAACGGGCAAGAACGGAGAUCGAAAUAUUCGUCCAGUCUCAGAACUUGA